UCUUCGAACUUCAGUCUAAUCCGCGCCGUCUCCGGCUUGCACGUUACGUACCCGUUGUUAUCGUCGGCGUUGGUGCAUCUCCAGGUGCCGUCGCAUCGCUCUUCCAUCUCACCGUCGCACCGCUUUCAGCCUUUUAUCUAUUCUUCGGCUACUAUUGAUCUUCCAUACUAUAAAACUGUCGCCAAUGGGGGUGGAGGCGCCAAAUACAGCUCAGAGUACUGCACCUGAACUGACGGAGGAGCAUGUGGAUGCCUUGCUUGAGGCUGCGCGAUAUGAUGAUAUGGAUGAUCUUGUGAGCCUGGCAUCUAUUGGUGUUCCUCUUGAUUCCAAGGAUUCACAAGGACGAACAGCUCUUCACAUGGCUGCUGCUAAUGGACAUCUUGACAUUGUAGACUACUUAAUCAGCAGAGGUGUGGAUGUUAAUUCAUCAAAUGAAGAGAAGAAUACACCACUUCAUUGGGCUUGUCUCAAUGGACAUGUUGAGGUGGUGAAGAAAUUGAUAUUGUCAGGUGCUAAUGUUGGUGUUUUAAAUAGUUAUGAGCGAACGCCAAUGGAUGAAGCAGUGAGUAGGGGAAAGCUACAGGUGAUGGAUGCUAUUAACGAAGCUGUAACACAAGUUGAACUCACUGGAGCCAGGGUUUCCGCAUAAGAAACUUGUUUGCUGAACAAUCUUUUUUCCUUUGUUAGACGACUAAUCUUGAAACCUUUUGUAUUAUAAUUAGCUUGUUUUGAAAUCUUUAAUUUUAUGAUGUUUACGUGUCUACUCCUUUGUUGCUUACACCUCGUGCGAUGAUGCUUAUAAUCUUGCAUCAGGGCUUCGUUAAAAGGAAUUA